CUCUAAUCUGUUUCCUCUGCUCUUUCUCUCUGCAUUUGGUCUUCUGUCUGUCGUCCUCCAUUUUCCUGUUCUUCUCUGCUUGCUUUACUUGUUUGCUUUCCACUAUGGCCCCAAAGAAACCUGAACAAAAGAAGGAAGCAGCCAGACCUUCUGCAGAACCACAAACACCCAAGGAACCGGACUUUGACCCAAAGAGCAUCACGAUCGAGUUCAGUGCUGAUCAGAUCGAAGAGUUUAAAGAAGCGUUCCAGCUGUUUGACAGAACUAAAGAUGGUCAAAUGAAGAUUUCAUACUCUCAGUGUGGAGACGUGAUGAGAGCCCUGGGACAAAAUCCGACCAAUGCUGAGGUCCUGCGAGUCCUGGGAAGACCCAAACCUGAGGAAAUGGACAGCAAGCUGAUGGACUUUGAGACCUUCCUGCCAAUGUUGCAGCAUGUCGCUCGGUCCAAGGACAAAGGGACAUACGAGGAUUUUGUGGAAGGCCUCCGCGUUUUUGAUAAAGAAGGAAAUGGGACAGUGAUGUGUGCGGAGCUGAGACACGUUCUGGUCACGCUUGGUGAGAGAAUGACAGAAGGACAAGUGGACCAGCUGCUGGCAGGACAGGACGAUGGUAAUGGCUGCAUCAACUACGAAGCUUUUGUCAAGCACAUCCUGGCUGGCUGAAGCAAAAUGUCACCACAUUCGUCAGUAUGUCCCCCCAACAUCAAGUCUUACAUUAUUUCUGUUACAAUUCUACUGUCCUGUUAUUAAAUAAACCUUUAAAAAAAAAAA